GAAACAUAUUAUAACAUAAAUAUGAAUUCUCCAAGAUCACCACAAACUCCUCUUAGUUUUGAAUUGAAGAAAAUUAUAAAUGAUAGAAAUAUUUUAAGUAUGCGUAGUCGUAUGAAAGUUCUCAACAGUUUAAAUGAAAGUAAUCAAAAACAGUUUGAAGAAAAAGAAAAAAAUUUAAGAUUCCAAGCUAUUCAAGAAAUUUUAACGACAGAAGUUACAUAUUUACGGCAAUUAGAAAUCUUAAUGGAGUAUUUUAUACAACCUAUGUUUGAAAAAAAAUUAUUAAAUCAUAAUUUACUUUCAACAUUAUCUGAAAACAUAAAAACAUUAUAUAAUGUUAGUGGAGAAUUAAUACAAGAAUUAAAAGAAGAUCCACAAAAUAUUGCAGAUGCAUUUCACAAACUUGCUCCAUUUUUUAAGUUAUAUUCUAUUUAUGCUUAUGAUUAUGAACAAAUUUUAUUAUUAUUACAGAAUAAACAAGAAAAUGAUAUUGAGUUUAAGAAUUUUAUUAGUAAACAAGAAACAAGACCAGAAGUUGGCAGAAAAUUACCUUCACUAUUAAUUACACCAAUACAAAGGGUGCCUAGAUAUAAAUUACUCUUGAAAGAAGUCUUGCAACAUACAUCUAAUAAACAUAAAGAAUAUAAUCUUUUACAAGUAUGUUUAGUAGAAGUUGAAAAAGCUGCAAGACAUAUAAAUACCUUCAUUGAACAAUAUGAAGAAUCACAAAAAUUACUAAAACUUCAAAAAUGUAUUAUGAACCCAAUUAAUUUGGUAAAACCUGGUAGAAAAUUGAUUAAACAAGGAUCAUUAAUGAGAGUUUCGAGACGUGGAAGUUCUGUAUAUAAAAGAUAUUUUAUUCUUUUGAAUGACAUUUUAUUAUAUUGUAAAGGUGAUCCAGAAAAUUCUUUGACCGUAUGUUGUGUUUUACCAUUAAAUAAAUGUAAAAUUGAAUCAGUUUUGAGUGGUGGAUUAUUUCGUGUCAUUUGUUUAAAUGAGACACUCUUAUUGUAUUCUGAGAAAGAUGAUAGUAAUUUAUGGAUAGAAGCAAUACAAAAUUCCAUAAAAAAGUAUGCAGAAUGUAGGCAAACAUUAAGAAAAGAUAGCAGUUCAAGAAAACCAUUAAGGCAUAACAACCUUAAUUUAUUUCCAUCUGAAAAUAUACCUAUAGUUGCUGGUAAAAGAAAAAGAUCAAACAAAGAAACUGAGAUUAACUUGGAUGCUUCACAAAUUAUGUAUUUGAAAAAGGACAAUGAAGCAGAUCCAGAUAUGCAAUCAAAUAAUAGUUGUUUGGUAUUCUUAAAAAAAUUUAAAAAAAUUAAAAAUGAUAGUGAUUCUAAAUAUAUUUCAUCUUAUAAAGAAAAUAUUAAUCAUAAAACUACAGAUAAAAAUAUACAUUUUAAAGAACAUAGUAUAUCAUGUUUAUCUUCUAUUCAUGCAAAUUAUAAACAAGAAUCAUCAACUCUUAAAUCUAUUAGUGAAUUCUUUAUAUCUAUUGGUUCAUCUAUAAAAGAAUUCUUUAAGUUUAAUUCUCUAAGAUGA